AUGGUGAGUAAAGAAGUAGAAAUGAAACUCUACAACGCUGCAUCAAGUGGGGAUCUUACAACACUUGUACAAUUACUUGAAGAAGAUCCAUAUCUUGUUCAUGGAGUCUCAUUUCCAUGCUCAAGAAAUCUUCUACACGUAACUGCAAUACAUGGACAAACAUCCAUUGUUGAACAAGUGUUGAAGCUUAAUCCGCAGCUAGCACGUAUUUCAGACUCCGAAAAAUCAUCCCCACUCCACAUUGCAGCAGCAGGAGGGCACGUCGAGAUUGCCUCAAAAUUGCUGUCAGUAGCCCCAGAGAUGUGCUGGCGACGCGACGACCAAGGCAUGAAUCCAAUUCAUGUCGCAGCCAUGAAUGGGCAUGUGGAGAUUCUAGAAAUUCUCCUUCUAGAGAGUUGUAUGCCUGCGAUGGAGAGACUGCAUCGUGGACAGCCUGUGCUGCAUUUGUGUGUGAAACAUGCUCAGCUUAGGGCGUUGAAGGUUUUGGUGGAGAAGUUGGGAGAGCUUGUGUGUGCAAAGGAUGAUGAUGGUGAUACAUUAUUGCAUUUGGCUGCUAGGUGCGGUCAACUUGAGACUAUAGAAUACUUGGUGGAAAACAAAGCCCUAAAUCUUCGAACAAGAAACGCCAUCGGCAAAACUGCCCACCAAAUCUUGAAGGAGAUUCCUCGCACUACCGUCAACUACUCAAAGAUGGAAAACCUGUUAACAGAUUUUUCUAUUUUCAUAGUCAUACCCAAGAUGACCAAUUCCAUAAUGGUGGUGUUAGUCCUGAUCGCGACGAUGGCUUACCAGUCGGUUAUCAACCCCCCGGGUGGAGUAUGGGCAGGAGAUGACGACAAGUCCUCUCACAAAGCCGGUGAGGCUGUGAUGGCAUCCACCCAUCCCGAUGCAUACAUAAACUUUAUGAACGCCAACUUUAUGGCCUUCAUAUGUUCCAUUACCGCGAUGUUCCUCUUCACCAUCAAGGUCCAUAAGUUCCUUUACCCCUUUAUGUUCAUGUUGACGUUCAUAGUCAACAUGGGUAUGGCGCUGUUGUCUAUCAUGGGCACCUUCUUAGAGUCAAUGUAUGCGAUCACUCCAGAUGAGCUUAUGAAAUCCAAAGGAAACAAUAUUCUGCUAUCGUCGACAGUGUGGUUGUCCAUAUUUGGACUGAUGCCGGUAUGUGCUGCUGGUGUGAGGCAUUUGUAUCGUUGGUGGGUCAGUGAGCAGAGUCGGCAGCAGGUAGAUCUUGGUGCGGAUGCGUUCCCACUACGUCUACGUCUUUUAUAUUGGACUUCUCAGCACUUGGACAUGCCCACCAUUUUCAGAGCCCUUCGUUGA